AAUACUUUUUUAUAUUUAAUGCAAAUUUUAAAGACUUUAAAUGAAAAUUCUGUGAAAUCUCAUGCUUUUAUUUUUAGACUUUAACAGUGAAACCGUGGAGGUUUUGUGAGUUAACUACUUCUCCAACACUUGUUUAGUAAUCAUUCAGUGAAAGUUGUAAGAUGAUGAUGCCACCAGUCAUUAAGAUUUAAUAGGCUCGCUCCUCCACGACACUUUACUCCCCCGGUCCAUUCCAUCACUUAAAGAAGGAAGACAACAACAACACGUCCCACUUCUCUUCCUUUCUCCUCAGCAGGUUGUAAAGAUAUGUGACGCGGCUGUGUGUGAAGAGGCUGGAGAACAGGCCGGACAUGGCCACCUUCACUUUCACAACCUUAAUUGUUUGUGCUGUUUUACUGGGACCUGGAUGCCCCGAGAAAACAGAAAGUGGGAAUCGAGACCAAAGAAAUGCCUUUCUGAAGGAAAUCCUGUCAAAAUGGAGCAAAGGAGACGCUCCUCAAAAGGAUCCUGAAGAAACAAGUCGGGAUCAGUUAGUGCACCCGUGGGUGAGGAAUAUCAUGGGGAGUCUGAAGUCGUUGGGUCUGUUCCCCAGCACCAGCCUCCCUUCACUGAACAAGCCAAUCGACAGACACAGACUCUCGGGCUUUCUCUACAACAUCUCACUUUAUCUCCAAGAGAUGGGAGCGGAGCUGGAGGAGGCGCCAACCGAGCCGGAUGAGGAGCAGCUGUGGGAGAAGGUGCUGCAGUUCCUUCUCCAGCCAAAGGGGAACGGCGCAGCGAACCAGUGGAACGGCCGGGUACCUCCCCGGCCAAGCCUCAAAGUACAGGACUGGUUCCUGUCCCUCAGGGGGAGCCCUCACUGGGACUGGCUGCUGGGGCUGCUCCAGAGUCUGAUCACGUUGUCUGAACGUCAGCCUCACAGACCCCUCAUGACUCUGUUGUCUCAGAACUGGAGAACUGUGAGCGCCGUGCUGGAGGCUGGACUUCAAGCCUUGGUGAGUGGGACCUACGGCCAGGCCAGUGCUGGUCUGCAGGGCUUCAUUUGUGCCCUGAAGGGCCAAAGCGACUGUACCUUCAACGUUAGCUGGCUCCAGCAGCUGCUGCGGUUGGUAGAAUCACGCAACUGGAAGCCCGUGGUUAGCGUGCACCCUGUAGGACAAGGAGCUGCUCACAGUAAGGACUCCGGUGCGUUUGGACGUGUGAAGCCCUUCAGUAUGCUGCCUGAGGCCAUGAGGCAGGAUGGGAUAAAGAACACGUCUUUGGAAGAGGGAGUGGAAUCUACAGAUGAUCCGGACUUUGUGCAAAAUCUACUGUUGGACGCGUUAUCUCGGUCAGGAGUGGGAGGAGAGCGUGGCGGCUACGUGGCCCAGAGAAACAUGGCCCUGGUGCAGAGUUUGGAUGGACUACGGAGGGGCCUCCUGCACAGGGUUGGGAGCUCUGUGUACAGUAACCUUAGACAGAAAGUUUCGCAAGUUACCAUGGCGAUGCUUGAUGAUGUCAGCAGCCUGGUGGAUGUACCACAGUCCAGUGGUCAGGGCCGAUGCUCAGAGGGCGACCUGAGGAGGCUUAUCCUAUGGGGGAUAAGACACAACCUGACAUGGAACACUCAGGCCUUAGGGAUUAGCACUCAGGGUCUCCCAAACUCCUUACCAUUCCUGUCCUGCCCGUCCACUGAGGGACACCAGCAGGGGUCGCAGCGAACAAAGGCCAAGGCAUCUUCAAGGGCGGCCCAUCCUUCACCAACAAGGUCCAAACAGAAUCGUCUCCUCCUGCCUCACUUCUCUCUGCCACAGAUGGAGAGAGCGGACCAGAACCAGGUCAAGGACCUGGACUUCUUCACCACGUCAGAAAUCCUGGAAGCAGCAUGUAACGAAUCCAUCCCAGGCCUGACAGGUGUGUCCAACUUCACCGUCUUCCUCUACUGCAAACUCUUUGAAGGGGAGAACCAGUCGGUCCGUCCUGCGGGGGGACAGAUGGGACUCGACCUGCACGCCACCUGCUCUGACGCAGCCUGGUACCUGUCAGCAGCGGAGGACGACUUCCUGUGGCUCCACGUCUGCAGUGAAUUCUUUGCACAUGAAUUUAACAACACGGUUUGUGCCAACUCCUCCUUCUGGCUGCAGAAAGCACAGCAGGCUGCAGUGACUAAGGACUACAGUUUUUUUAACCAGACCAACAUAGACGACCUGUGUGUUCACCUGUCAGAGGAAGCCUCAGGAUCUCUGGGCCUUGAUGAGAGCUGUUUGGCCCAGGUGGGCAGCGGGUUGCUCACAGCUCAGGUAUUAAGACACUGCUUCCUGCCAAACAGCUCGGUCCUCAUCUCCUCUUUGUGCAGCAGUUACUCCGUCGACUCCCACAGAUCGCUGUCAGAGCCCAGCUGGGUCGCAGCCUACUGCUCCAAACUGCUCAACGCCUCCGAUUCUGACAGCACAGAGGAGAUGUGUCGCUACCGGGAGUGGGCUGUGGAUUCUUUCACCAACACCACUCUACUAGAACACUGUGAGCAGACGCCUGGGCUCAAAGAGUACAUGUGUGCGAACGCCACCGUGUACGGUGGGCUGCUCCGGCAGCCUCAGUUUGCAGAGUUCUGUGCUGACUUGCAGGCAGAACACGAGGACAAGAAGUGCUUCCUGCAGAGGUUCUUCGACAUGCUUCCUGCGCGCUACGACUUUGAUACGUCGCAGCUCUGUGUGGACCCGGCUCCGCUGCUGGUGGAUGUUCUUCACAAACUCAGCGUCUGUGAGGUGGAGGGGGGGCGGCGGGAGAGUUUUCUAUUGUCACUGGGGUACGUUCUGCGAGUGCUGGACUUCAUGGUGGGUCUCUCCUCGGGGCUGGAUGAAGGGGAGAGAGAGGCGAGGCAAGGUUUGGGUCAGGCCAUCCUCCUCUCCAGUCUCCUUGACAACACAUCCUGGUCCUCGCUGCAGCCCAAGGCCUCCAUGAGCGUCCUUCAAACCGUGGGGGUCUUCCUGCGAGGAGAGCAGAACACCACUCUGAAAGAAGACCUGCUGGGAUGUUUCAGUCCGCUCUUGUGGGACCUCAUACAGCGAGACAACAACUCCUCUGCCCUCAGAGUCCUGAUGCAGGAAUACCUUCAAAUGCCAAGAGACACCAUUCGGACUCUGGUCAUGUCGGCUGAAAAAGAUGCAGUGAAGAGAUUUCUCUCUCACAUGCAUCAAAGUUGGGACCAGCUGCAGGUGGAACCGAGCCAGGCUUCCCGACAAGAGGUCGAAGCCAUGGAAACCAUGACCGCUGCGUUCAUCCAUAAAUUCCCACGAGUGACUCCGGAAUUAUUUGUAGACCUGUCUCAGUUCAUACCCUUCAUGUCUGUCUCCGAUAUCAUGAGUUUCCCAGCAUCCCUGAUUGUCAACGACACUGUACUGACCGCCAUCCGGGACCACAGCUCCGGGAUGAAGUCGCUGCAGAAACGGGCUUUUGUGAAGCGACUCCUCCAGUCCAAUGUGGUGGGUGAUGUGGAGACCUGGCCGCCCUACUUCCUGGGCUCCAUCCUCCCUCUCCUGCCAUUCCUGCCUGUCAGUCGUUUUCAGCAACUGACAUCACAACAGCUCACUCCUCUGGUGGAGUUGUUGGGCAACAGCAGUCUGGAUGCUGUAAGGGGGCGCCACGUUCUCCGUACGGUCUUCGUUAAGAAGAGGAAUCUGACCAGUGAUUACCUGUCCAGGUUAGGAGUCCUGGCCUGUUACCUGGACCCAGCAGACCUGGGUCGGUACCUGCAGGAGUCGUCCGUGUCCUCUGCUCUGUGGCAGCAGCUGGCUCAGUGUAUGUCAAAGGGCUUCAUCAGUUCCAGUGGUCGAUUGUCGUCAUGGUUGAUACCAGCAGUGAAGACUGUCAACAUCAGCAGCUUGUCUCCUCCAUCACUGCCUGGUCUCCAGGGCCUCACUGAUCUGCUGCCGCAGCUGGGAUCUCCAGUCCUGCUGUCUCUGCCGUCACAGCAGAUGAUGGAACUCCUCUCACAACCAGGUUUACACAGAUACCCUCCAGCACAGGCAUUUCAAAUGUUAUCCAAACUCUCCCAGGACACCACUCUCAGUGUGGAGACUCUGUGCAGACUGAAGUCGUUACACUCUGGCGUCUCCCCCACUCUGAUCAGAGACCUGCAGUGGCCUGAGGUCACGGAGCAGCUUCACUGUCAGUGCUGGACCAUGUUGUUGACUGGACUGAACCCUGGCUGUAGAGCCGCGCUGUAUGACACGGUGCUGGAGGUUCUGACCAGAGAUCUGCAGAACCUCACUCAUCCUGGACACUGUGUUCUACCAUUUGUUCCUCUGAAGAAGCUGACAGACACCGUGGAUGGGGGAACAAUUCUGGGACACAUUGACUUCUACCGGGACACCCGGUGGUCACCGCAGCAGGCUCAGCUUCUGUUCAGAAAAGUCUCUGGAUCCAAAAACCUGACCAGCAGCUCAGUACAGGCUCUGGGUCAAAUUGCUGGUGGAAUGACCUGUGACCUUUUCAAGCUCUGGGCCAACGAUACAGAAUUUUCAGAGCUGCUUCACCUGGUGACCGAUCUGUCUGGAGCCAUUAGACCGGCCAUGAGGAAAUGUAUCAUAGAGGAGCUGAGGAGCCGCCCUGACCUGGACCUGACUCUUCUAAACCCCAGGUUCGCUGCAUCACUGCCCCUGACAAUGAUGGAGAGCCUCAGUAAUUCAUCCUUCCGGGCCGUUCUGGACCAGGUCCAGGCAGACUUUGCUGAAUUCCUCAAACUGCCACAUUACAAGCAGACAAAUUUAGCUGAAAAGGCCAGAGCGGAGCUGGCUCUGUAUGGUUGUCCUCAGGCAGACGGGGAGGUGGACAGCACUACCGUGGACGUCCUCGGGCCUCUAGUGCCGUUCUUGGACCGGGACAGUUUGUCUCUGGUGGACAGAGGAGCUCUGGGUCUGCGGCUGGAGGAGAUGAGGAGUUUCUGCCUCCCGAGGGAGGCUCUGAGAGACAUCAGCGCCCUGCUCACUCACAAAGACAUGCUGGGGGCUCCGUCUAAAUGGCAGGUUGAAGACGUGGAACAUCUGGGAAGGCUGGUGUUUUCUCUCUCACCGAAGCAGAUCAGCUCCAUCCCUUCAGUGGUGCUGAACAAGGACACAGUGGAGCAGGUCCUGGUGGGUCAAAGACGCUGGGAGGACACCGCGGUGGGCAGCGUCUGUGUCCGUCAGUGCACCGACCAGAAUCAGCAGAGACUACGGACCCAGAGUCUCCUCCGUGGGAUUGUCAAAACCCAGAGCAGGAGAGCCAGAGCACCAGUUCCAAGCUGUGCAGAUAUCAGAGGAACUUUCCCUUCGGCCUGGACCCCCACUCAGUUCAGUCGUAUGUCAGAGGAGGAUCUGGACCAGUGUGUGGAGGUCCUGGGUCAGGACUCUUCUCUGAACUCCCAGCAGCGCCGCUCACUGUGGGUGAAACUCAGACAGUCCUUCAGUCCAGUCAGAGACCUGAGACCAGAGCAGAUCUUGGCGUUGGGCUCCGUGGUGACAGAGAUGGGAGAAAGAGAGCUGCAGGAUGUUGAUCUCAGCGACCCAGUCGUACUGACACAUCUGGGAACACUGACGGACUGGAGCCCUAAAAAGAUGAGAGCUGUGGUUCUGGGCGUGAUGCGGAGACGCAAACUGAGAGUAGAACACUUAACGAUGGUGGACAUGGUGACCUUUGGUCAUCUGAUCUGUGGUCUGUAUCCGUCUGAGCUGAAGAGACUGAACCCCUACAACCUCAGCGUGGCUGUCUUCUUCUUCAGAGAAAUGUCUCUGCCGUGCACAGAGAAGCAGAUGGAGGCGCUGACGAGUCGUUUGUUCAGACCAGAGGCCUUUGGACCCGUCAGUGCUUGGGGACCGGAGGUUUUCACUGAGAUUGGAACACUGGCCGUGGGCCUGGAGGAUAUAGUGCUGUCAGCUCUGGUCCAAGAACAAGUGGAAGGCCUCACCCCCCCGGCCAUCUCCCUGAUGUCACCCGAGAAAAUAUCAGUGGUGUUCAGUCCAGCCCAGUUGUCAUGGCUGACCAUGGAGCAGGCCUGGGCUGUAACUGAAGAGCAGUGGACCGAGCUGGACCCUGAGCAGAGACACGCCGUGGGAUUGGCUCGAUACGAUGGAGACGCUCUGGAGAUGAGAGGAAGAAACACGGCCCCGGCAGCCCCACAUGCCGAUAGUUGGGCUGUCCAAUCACUGGCUCUGUGCCUGCUGUUGUACAAAGUAAUUUAAAAUGCUGAGAGGAUAUAAGUGUCUAUUGAUCUCCUUUAGUAGCACCAUAUUUGUACAUUGAAUAAAUAUUUCAAACUGAUCUGUUUUCUUCAUCUGUCCGCACAUUAAUUUGCCACGGUGCACAUUUUGUUCACUCUUAUUCCAAUUAUCCACCUGGAAAAUGGAAAUGACUCUGUGUGCUGCAGAUAUGUUAUUUUUAAUGGCUACUCAGAGCAACAAGGGAGCAGAAAUUAAAUUAUUAUUUUAGCAGCAGAAGAACAUUUGCAGGGUAAUGAUGAUAGUGAUCCAAUGCUCUCUCCUAGAGUGAUAUUUCAUUACAUUAACUCCACACACACACACACACACUAAUGUUGAUCCUUUAUACAGGUAUUUCAAUAAAAAUAAUUAAUUUGUAAAUCACAACAAUUCAGCCAUAAAAAGGCUUCAGCUUUUCUACAGCCCUGUUCACCAGUGUUAAUAGUAAAGAGGUUAUUUAUUAAAGCAAAUGGCGUCAUUGAUUAUAGGCCUGAGUUGAUUUAGGACUAACAAACAACAACAACAACAACAAAGGAAUCAGUGGAAGAACCAAGUAUAACAUGUUCAUUUCCAAGCUCCAGAAAUCCUUUUCAUGGAGUAUGCGACUCCUGCCUUAGACGCAGAAGGUGAUGCGUUUGAGCCCCAGUGGACACUGCAUACUCAAUAGCGCCCCCCGUGGCAGCCUGGGUGGGAUGCGAAGACUCACAGUGUACAUUUCAUUGUGGGAUCCAUAAGGGACAAACAUAUAACUGUGGUUCUCAAUAGGUGAGGUGUGCCUCCCCUAGGGGCCGCCAUAGAGUCACAGGGGAGGCCUGCAUGAAGCUGCAUGCCUGAAGUAAGACCACCACUAUAUAAUAUAUUUACAUAUGAUACAUUUCGUAAUGAUAUGAUAAAAACAGUUUUAAAGGCAGUUGCCUUUUUUGUGACCUUGGUCAAUUCAAUUUUAUUGCAGCCUUUUAGGUAGCACACGUACUGCAUACAUUUGAAUGUGCAGUAUAUAUGUAUAUUUAAAGCUUUGCUCACCAGGUAGACCACUGACUUUGGGAAAAUAUAUCCAGGAAUAGAUGGAUCCAGAAUGAAUAAAUUCACAAUAUUAAAGAAUCGUGGACAUAAAUCUACAGUCUGGACCACCAUGGACCACCAUGACUUACAUCUGCUCAUGAAGAGGAUUCAAACUGGGCCCACUUUUGAAGCAGUAGGUUCAGGUUACAUCUGUCCAAUUAGGUUGAUUCAUAUGGGCAUCCAAACAAGAAGUGAACCACAUGGGAUAUUUUAGGCAAAUGAUUCCUACGUCAGACUGACAAUUAGAUUUCAUCCAGUCCCAUUUGGGGUCUAUUCAGAUUACGUACCACAGUUGAUUUGCAUUCUUGGCAUGUUCCACUUCCAUCUUCUGCAAAACACUGGCAUUUCCAACUGGGUCCAAAUGAGUCCAGGCGAAGUGACAGCUGUGUGCAAACACUGCAAAAAUGUUUUUAGGCCCACAUCUCCACCUCCUCCGCAGGUUUACGUUUUUCUCCUUUGACAAAUCAAUUGUCUAUUGGAGCCAGAACUUUUACAAAAACCGAACGGCCCAAAUUCUACAGACAACAAACUGCUAGUACCCUCAUUUUGUUUGCCAGUGGAAUUACAAUUUGCAGACACAGUUUUAGCAGAUGUUGGAAGAAUGUUCACCAAUCACAGGGUCACAUAAUAACAACCAUUCACACUCAUUUUCACACAUAGGGUCAGUUAGCAGUGUCCAGUUAACCUGAUGGCAAUGGACUCAGUUAUUAUAUUAUUAUUAUUUUAUACCUCAGAUAGAUGUAUAAAACCUGUAGUGUCAUCUGGACUAGAACAGCCAUCGAUUUACUGUUUAAUAAAUAAUAUAGAAUGUUAUUUA